CUCGCGGGGACCCCCGAGGGCGAGAGGAGAGGCCGAGGGAGGGAAGGAGGAUCGGGUUCCGAGUUCUUUGGGUCACCCUCGGACCCGAGGAAGGGGCUCUUGGGAUCCGCACCAUUUGACCGGGCCCGGCUCUGACUCCCAACUCAUUCUCCGCUUUGGUCCAAGGGCCGUCGGGGGUUUGCAAAGGGGGUGUCCGCGUUGGGGUAGACGAUGGAGGGAGAGGGGAGCGGACUGGGUUGCCGUUGGUGGGCGGGGCGAGGCUGAUCCGGGGCCCUUGACUCUUCUCCCCUCACUCCGCUUCCCCUUUGAGGCUUUCCCCGAAGGAGCCGGGACAGGGCCCCGCAUCCGGCCGGCCGCCCUGCGGGACGCACACACGGACGGACGGACAAGACCGGACAACCGGGCGGACAGAAAAGUCAGACAGGCAGGGUAGAGAUGGGGGAGAUGGAGCAGAUGCGGCAGGAGGCGGAGCAGCUCAAGAAGCAGAUCGCAGACGCCCGAAAAGCCUGUGCAGACACCACCCUGGCGGAGCUGGUGUCCGGGCUGGAGGUGGUGGGACGGAUCCAGAUGCGGACCCGGCGGACCCUGCGGGGACAUCUGGCCAAGAUCUACGCCAUGCACUGGGCGACCGAUUCCAAGCUGCUGGUCAGCGCCUCUCAGGACGGGAAGCUGAUCGUGUGGGACACCUACACCACCAACAAGGUCCACGCCAUCCCGCUGCGCUCCUCGUGGGUGAUGACCUGCGCCUACGCCCCAUCGGGAAACCUGGUGGCCUGCGGAGGGCUGGACAACAUGUGCUCCGUCUACAGCCUCAAAUCCAGGGAGGGCAACGUCAAGGUCAGCAGGGAGCUGGCGGCCCACACAGGCUACCUGUCCUGCUGCCGCUUUCUGGACGACAACAACAUCGUGACCAGCUCUGGGGACACCACCUGCGCCCUGUGGGACAUCGAGACGGGGCAGCAGAAGACGGUGUUCGUGGGCCACACGGGGGACUGCAUGAGCCUCGCCGUGUCGCCCGACUUCAAACUCUUCGUGUCGGGCGCCUGCGACGCCAGCGCCAAGCUGUGGGACGUGCGCGAGGGCACCUGCCGCCAGACCUUCGUCGGCCACGAGUCCGACAUCAACGCCAUCUGCUUCUUCCCCAGCGGCGAGGCCAUCUGCACGGGCUCGGACGACGCCACGUGCCGCCUCUUCGACCUGCGCGCGGACCAGGAGCUACUGACCUACGCCCACGACAGCAUCAUCUGCGGCAUCACCUCGGCCGCCUUCUCCCGCAGCGGCCGCCUGCUCCUCGCCGGCUACGACGACUUCAACUGCAACAUCUGGGACUCCUUGAAGGCCGAGCGCGUCGGGAUCCUCUCGGGCCACGACAACAGAGUCAGCUGCCUGGGGGUGACAGCCGACGGGAUGGCGGCGGCCACGGGCUCCUGGGACAGUUUCCUCAAGAUUUGGAACUGAACAGAGUGGGGCAGAAAGGGGCGGCGGGUACACCCACAUACACACACACACACACACACACACUCACAGAGUACCCAGUUUGACCCCUGCCUCCAUGAGAAUCAGCCACAGAUGCUUGCACACAUGGUGUGCAUGUUCGCUUCCCCUCUAGCCACAGUGCUUUCUUAGUAAUAAUAAUAAUAAAAGUAGUAUUUAAGUGCUUACUA